CAGCGCUGCUCUGCGCUCCCCCAACGCCCACGUAAGGAAGUGGUUGCAUUUCUCGGAGAGGAAAAGGGAAGUCGGGCUGCCUCGGCGGGGCAGGCACGGCUCCAGCCGCUCGCUCCGGGCUCCGUUCGUGUCGACUGCCCAGAGUCCAUGAACGAGCCCCGCCGCCCAGGAACCGAGCCCAGCCCGCGCUGCCCCGCAAGCCCCUGAGCCAUGGCCUACCACAGCUUCCUGCUGGAGCCCAUCAGCUGCCAUGCCUGGAACAAGGACCGCACCCAGAUCGCCCUGUGCCCCAACAACCAUGAGGUUCACAUCUACCGCAAGGAUGGGGCCAAGUGGAGCAAAGUCCACGAGCUGAAGGAGCACAACGGGCAGGUGACGGGCAUCGACUGGGCCCCUGAGAGCAACCGGCUGGUGACGUGCGGGACCGACCGCAACGCCUACGUGUGGACCCUCAAGGGCAACGUGUGGAAGCCCACCCUGGUCAUCCUGCGCAUCAACCGCGCCGCCCGCUGCGUCAAGUGGUCCCCCAAGGAGAACAAGUUUGCCGUGGGCAGCGGCUCCCGCCUCAUCUCCAUCUGCUACUUCGAGCAGGAGAACGACUGGUGGGUUUGCAAGCACAUCAAGAAGCCCAUCCGCUCGACGGUGCUCAGCCUGGACUGGCACCCCAACAACGUCCUCCUGGCCGCUGGCUCCUGUGACUUCAAGUGCAGGAUCUUCUCAGCCUACAUCAAGGAGGUGGAGGAGCGGCCCAGCCCCACGCCCUGGGGCUCCAAGAUGCCCUUUGGGGAGCUGAUGUUCGAGUCCAGCAGCAGCUGUGGGUGGGUGCACAGCAUCUGCUUCUCGGCCAGCGGCUCCCGCGUGGCCUGGGUGAGCCAUGACAGCACCCUGUGCCUCGCCGACGCCGGCAAGAAGAUGGCCGUCGCCUCCCUGUGCACCGAGACCCUGCCGCUGCUGGCUGUCACCUUCAUCACUGAGAACAGCCUGGUGGCCGCGGGCCACGACUGCUGCCCGAUGCUGUUCACCUACGAGGAGAGCCAGGGCUCCCUGACCUUCGGGGGGAAGCUGGACGUGCCCAAGCAGAGCUCCCAGCGCGGCCUCACCGCCCGCGAGCGCUUCCAGAACCUGGACAAGAAAGCGAGCUCGGACACGGCCAACGCCAGCCUGGACACCCUGCACAAGAACAGCAUCAGCCAGAUCUCAGUGCUGACGGGCGGGAAGGACAAGUGCUCCCAGUUCUGCACCACGGGGAUGGACGGGGGCAUGAGCAUCUGGGAUGUCAAGAGCCUGGAGUCGGCGCUGAAGGAUCUCAAGAUCAAAUGAAGGAGCCAUUAGGAAGGGCAUCCCGGCUUCCAGCUGCCCCUGCUCUGCCGCCUGCCUGCUGCCCUCUGCCACCCCCUGUGCCACACAACCCGGCCACGAUGCCACCAGUGCCUGUCCCCGCUGCCAGCCAGCCCUGGUGGCUGUUUCCAGACAAAGAAAACCAUUUUUCUUACUAUUUUUGUUACCAUCCUUCCCGAUGCUGGUCAUACAUUGCUUGGAGAAAUAGCAAAUAAAGGAUUUUCCUGGAUAAAUCAAAA